GGCUUUUGAACUGUUUAAGUACAACUUCACCUCGCCAACUCCUUAUUGUACUUCACCUCUACCAUUAGAGCUACUAACCAUUGUUGUGUGAAUAGGCUACUCCUUCAUAUUCUUUUCAGCUAUGCAUCUUCCUUCUUCACGAAUUACACCAGGGAGUAUUAGGUCAGCCAUCAGAGGUUACACCACAAGGCCACCAACGUAUUUUGCCCAACACCUACAAAGCUAUAACGAUAGUAAGGACUUUGCACCCUCACCACAGAAUAUAUUCUCUUCCCCUUCAGCGGCGGAGCAAUCUGGUACCAACUAUCACCAUCAACGAAGUCAAGAACAGAAUCAAGGACAACAACAACAACAACACAGCGAUAGCAACGAUCCUGUGGGGGGUUCCCGUCUUUCUACGAUCCGUGACUUGAGUGUUGUUGUUUCCAUCCUUUCGUUGACUUACUUUGCCUUGGACAACUACAGAGUUCGUACCACAUUGGAGCAACGGUCAAUGGAGCAGUCUGUGGCCCAUAUGAAGAGCAUGGCAAUUGCCCAGAAUAAAGUCAACAUGCAGAGAAAAAAUAGAGAAUUACAAGUUUUAAACGAGAGGAAACAGACUCAAAAGAGGGAGAUGAAGAUGGUUUAUCAUAUAGCCAUGCUUAGAAAGCAAUUGAUGGAUGCCGGUCUCAAACCAAUUGAGAUUGACAAUGCAAUGGCAGAAUUUGAAAAGAAUGUAAAGAUGGAAACGGCGAUAAGCAAUGUCUCUGGAACUGCCCUUUGGGUAGUUGAUGAGUCUCCGAUGAAGGGGUACGUUCCAAACGUUCAUGACUACGAUAAUAAGAAACCGUGAUAUAUAUAGAUUCUCUACAUUAUGUACUAAAGUGAUACAUAUACAAGAAAGAGC